AUCACUCCCAUUGCUAGUUUUCUACAGUGUAACCAUAACUCAGAAGAUGGGCGGCUGUAGCUCUCAGAGCUGCCACCGCUGUUUCUUUGAAUAUGAAACAGAAAGAAUGAUUGUGGUAAAGAGCAAAGUAGUGGGAUCCGUCUUCAGAUUAAUCCAGUUUUUGAUCCUCUUUUAUGUGAUUGGGUAUGUCUGUGUGGUGCAAAAGUCCUACCAGGAAACAGACUCAGUGAUCAGUUCUGUCACAACCAAGGUGAAGGGCACUGGCUUCACCAACACCUCUGAUCUGGGCGCCCGUGUGUGGGAUGUGGCUGAUUACAACAUCCCCCCUCAGGGUGAGAGUUCUUUCUUUGUGUUGACCAACAUGAUUGUCACCCCCAAUCAAACUCAAUCGACCUGUCCUGAGCUCCCAAACCAAUCCACCAUUUGCAUGUCAGACAGUGACUGCUUAGAGGGAUCCAAUGAUGUUCGUGGAAACGGUAUCCAGACAGGGCUAUGCAUGAACUAUUCAGAGACUGUCAAAACAUGUGAAGUGCUAUCUUGGUGUCCUCUUGAAAUAGACAUCAACUUACCCGAACAUGCACUGCUGGUUGCAGCAGAGGACUUCACGGUGCUAAUCAAAAACAGUGUGACAUACCCCAAAUUCAACUUUCACAAAAGAAACAUUUUGCCUGAUGUUAACUCCUCCUAUCUGAAACAAUGUGAAUUCAAUCGCAAAACAGACCCUGACUGUCCCAUCUUCCGCCUUAAAGACAUAGUCUCUGAAGCUGAGGAGGACUUUCAGACCAUGGCAAUCAGGGGUGGUGUUCUUGGGAUUAUGAUUGACUGGAACUGUGACCUGGACUGGCCUGAACAUUACUGUGGCCCUAAGUACUCCUUCCGCAGGCUAGACAACAAAAUCCCUGAAAACAACGUGGCCCCUGGAUACAACUUCAGGUUUGCCAAGUACUACAAAACCACAGAUGGUAGGGAAACAAGAACCUUGAUCAAAGCAUAUGGAAUCCGAUUUGAUGUCAUUGUUUUUGGAACGGCAGGUAAAUUCAACAUGGUUCCGACCAUAGUGAAUGUAGGUGCAGCGCUAACGUUUCUCUCUUUGGUGAAUGCAGUUUGUAACUGGUUUCUCCUGACAUGCACAAAGAGAAGAGACUACUACAGCAAACACAAAUUCACAUAUCUGGAUAACACUGAUGACAAUGCUGGUGAACCUCUGGGAGAAACAACGUAUGGGACCCAAUAGAUCCUGCACAGAGAAGUAGUCAUUUCAUAUUGUGGGGGAAUGUUGAAGCCAUCUUUUGUCCAGACCUCUAGCCAUAUCCAGCCCCUGCCCCCUAAACAUCAACAGCAUGUACUGAUAUUUCCUAAUAUUCCAGAUUAAGCCUCGUCAAAUGUGAAGUGUAUAAUCUGUUAUAAAAUACCUUAAAACAAGGUACAAAUAAAUAGUAAGAAAAUAAUUUUAA